CGUUAGUCAGUGGCAGUUCAGUGAUGUGUUGUCAAGUAGGUUUGGUGUCAGCUAGUUUUAAAAGUUGAUAUACAUUAUUUAUUAACGAAUGGAAGGUGUCCAAGUUUUGUUCGAAUUAUGAUUGUGGAAGUAAUACAGAGAGCACUACACAGUUCAAGUAAACGUGUACAAUCGUAUUUAAAUGAAGAAUACAUCAUUACAAGGCCUGGAGCCAGUGCAGGGUUGUGGAUGUCAUUUCUCCUACCUACAGCCAUCAUCUUGGGUGCCUACUCAUGUCACAAUGUGUCUGAGCUAUACAGAACAGCAGCUACUCUUAGCCUGGGACUGCUAGGAACUUCAGUAGUUUUUAUUGCAAAAGCAUGCAGUUCCAAGACACACGAAUAUACUCUUAUUAUACCCUCAGUCUUCACUUAUAUACGGUUAUAUUUUUAUAACAAAAUAGGUGUUUGGUUCAGCAUUGCAGGUGGCUUUGCUUCAUAUUCAGCUGGCGAGGCUGUAAUAUUACUGCUUAAUGCUGCCCCAAAGAGUCUCACAUAUGGUGAGGCUUCUGUUCUAAUCCAGGCAUUGAUUCUGUUUUUAUUCACCACAGCCGUUAACCUAGUUAACACAUGGCACAACAUACCAGUGCAGUGUGUAAAUACUGCUACUCUUAUUCUUCAGGUUGGAAUACUGGGUGUGCUGUUGAUAUGUGCAGCAACAUGCAUGUUCCCAGAUUUCAGAACACCCCUACCAUUUUAUGGUUUGACCUUGGCUGUGAUAUUUGGUUUUGUGGUGCCAUUUCUUCACAUUUUGCUGCAAGCAAGCCCUAUUUUGUGGAUUUUACAGUUGCUGCUAGCAAACAUGCCAAGGAUAUGGCUUGUCACUUACUGGGCAGUAUGCAGCGGAUUGGCAGUCUUGGCAGUGAAUGUUCAAAUUCAGGGAGAACAGCAAGCCUCUACAGUUAUCAGGAAGUAUUUUCACAUCUUGGCUGUGGCUGUGUUCACUCCAGGAUUAAUUAGGGAGUGUUGUUUCCUUUACCUAGCUAGCGGAGUGGUCUUGGCAUUAAUAACUGCCUUAGAGCUACUUCGUGUUAUCCACAUGCCCCCCCUGGGUGAGGUACUGGAGGCUGGUUUCACAGUAUUUGCAGAUGAGAAGGAUGCUGGCCCAAUAGCACUCACACCAAUAUACUUAUUGGCUGCCUGCUCAUUGCCACUUUGGCUUUAUCCAUCAAUAUGUUCAGAAGAAAUUUAUGUGGGACAACACUUACUGCCGUUGAUGAGUGGGCUCUUGACCAUUGGGAUUGGUGAUACUGCUGCAAGCAUCUUUGGUACUUGGAUUGGCAAGACCAAAUGGGAAGGUACAAGGAAGACAAAAGAAGGGACUUUUGCAAGCAUAUUAUGUCAAAUGACUGUAAUCCUGAUGCUUAUUUAUUUCGGACACAUACCAUACAGUGGAGUCAUGCUUAUGCGGGCAACAUUUGCAGUUGUGGUGACUUCAGUGUUAGAAGCAAAAACUGAUCAGGUGGAUAACCUGGCACUUCCACUGGGUGGAAGAUCUUCAUCCAGCUCUUCUCCUCAGAAGAUGCAGGCAGCAGGUUCCACCAAAAUGUGAUGUAUCCAUCUAGCAAACUACAUGGCAUCAUAUGUCAGAAGAUCAUAAUUUUGAAUAUAUUAGAUUAUUGAAUUGCGUUUACCAAAGUUAUAUUUUGUAUAUCAGCGAGGAGUGUAUAUAUCCUACUUAAGGGAUAAACAUUAUAGUGUAAACAUCAUGUGAAAAAUAAGAAACAAGUGCUAAAGCUAAUGGCCAUAUUGCUUUCUAACUGUUACUAGUUAAAUCUGCUAUGUGAGCCAUUUUUGUAUUUUCUGAACUCUUUUGAAGAACAUUUUGUUAUAAACAAGCUUAGUGCUUGAUUAUGUGCUGUAGCAUAAGCAAUGGUUUAUGUUGUAUAAUGCCAAUUUCAACUGAAGAUGAAAAUACUCAUGGGUAUUUCCAUGUCCAAGGGUAAUGAUGACCAAUAUAGAUUACAUAUUACAGUACAUGUUGCCAUAUGGUCACAAACUGAGUCUGAAUGUGAAAAUGCUGUCAACUUUUGUAGGCUACAAGUUGGGUGUUCCUGCUUGGGCAAUUUUCUGUCCAGUUCCAUCCAUUUUACAAGAGCUGCAUUUAGAACAUUGCAAGGGUUUCCUCAUUGUACAAAUCUGCACAAACUAUUCAGGAAUAUAGCAUUUCUUAUAUCAAAUUGUACAAUUUGAACUGAAGUAUAGUGAAGUACAUCAAAA